UUCUUUGAGCUGCUUUUCCAAUGGAGAGUUUUCCGGCUCCGCACUUCAAGAGCGUGGUCACUGGCUAGUUGAGAGCAGUUUGUGGGAAAUAUAGCUACGGAUUGUCCGCUAUCUUUUAACUCCAGGAGCUACACAGGAUGGCAACGUCCUUCCCCAACUUAUAUCAGCUGAAGACAGCUACCAGUGAGAGCACUUGUUUUAUUUGCUCAAAAUUCUGCACGAGUGUGCUGACAAACAACAGCGGCGACUGGUUUUAUGUUUGCCAAGGGCAUAUCAAGGACCCCAGCUUCUGUAAAGUGGCGCCUACGCCAAUAGCAUAUACAACUGCUCCUGCUGCGAAAGCUCCAGGAAAACCAGCAGCAGCCACGGCCAAACCUCCGCCAAAGGCAGCGGAGAAAGUACCACCGAAAGAGAAGGAGGACCUGAAUAAGCCUGAUGAGAAAGUACCGGGCGGAUGGUUGUCAUCUAUUGCUCAAACCAUUGGAUUGAGUUCGGAAGACCUCACAAAGCCCGCACAGCCAUCGGAAAAGCCUGCAGCUGAGGCGGCCCCAGCAACAUCAGCAGCGGCUCCCGCCCUGCCUCCGCCGCCAAAACAAUACAUCCUGUCUGGGAAUAUUUUCUACUUAAGGGAACAACAGCAACGAAAAAGAGCGCAACAGCGCUCCGCCGCUACCGUAUCAUCGCAGCUGCCAUCGGUGCCGAGGAGCGCGAUGGCGUUACCGUUGUGAUAUGAGCAAUGUCAAACGGGUCGAUUCAUGAUAUCAGACAUGGGGUAGAUUGGAACAUCGUGAACUAUACUAGACCCAGACACGUCUACUCUA